AUGGGGCUGACAGUAUAUGUAGUGAUACGAAAAGAAGAAAAGGAAUUCAGAAAUUAUCCUUUGUGUGUUUCUCUUUUUCGUAAAUCUUGCAAAAAUGAUGAAAUAUGUUCGAAGGAAGAAGGAAAGAGUUCUUGUGACAGUCAUAAAGUGAAAGUAAAUUCGAACUGUGUUGAUGGAAAAAAGAGCAAUAUUGGUGAAGAUUGUUUUGAGCUUAUUGAAAGUGUUGAUACAAAUGAUAAAGAACAUACAAUUAUUUCCGAUCCAAAUCAUAAUGAGGCGCUUAUUUGUCAAAUGUAUGCUUUGGUUUAUAAAUCGAAGAAAUGUGGUUGGUUUCUAAGGGCAUCUAGCAAUAAGAACACCAAUUUUUUUAAGAUUAAAAAGUUUCGGUAUGAACAUACUUGUCCUGUAAAAGAUAGAGUGUACCAGCAGAAACAUGAGGAUAUUAUCAAUGAGCUUGCUUUGGAUUUGAAUUAUACAAUGGCGUGGAGGGCUAAAGAAAAAACUUUGAUUUCAUUGAGGGGGACAACAUAUUCAUCAUACAAUAGACUGCCCGGAUAUUUAUACAUGUUUGAAAAGACUUACCCUGGUUCACAUAUAAGAAUGAAAAAAACAUCAGAUGAUAAAUUCCUUUAUGUGUUUAUAUCGCUCUACUCUUCAAUUAAAGGUUUUGAUUCAUGUCGACCAAUUGUUGUUGUUGAUGGCAGUCACCUAAGAGGAACAUAUAAUGGAACUUUCGUGUCAGCAAGUACACUUAAUGGAGCAGCAUGGAGUUGGUUCUUUGAGCAAUUGAAAGAAGCUCAUGGUAUAAAAUCAAAUAUGUGUGUUGUGUCCGACAGGAACGAGAGCAUUAUAAGGGAUGUGUCAAGUGUAUAUGGGGGUGUUAUACAGAAGUCACAUGCUAAAUUUUCUGAAGUGUUUUAUGCAAUGGCAAAAGCAUAUAUAAUUUCUGAAUUUAACAGUCUAAUGAAGAAGGUUGAAAAGAUAGAUAUUAGGGUGAAAGAUUACUUGCAGUCGGCCGGAUAUAACAAGUGGUCUAGGGUGUAUGCAACUAUAAAUUGGAGAUUCACUUUAACCUCGAACAUUGCUGAAACAAUUAACAUGCACCUUAAGGAAGCCAGGGAGUUGCCUAUAUAUGAUUUCUUGGAGGAAGUUAGAAAAAUGUUUGGCAGAUGGAACCAUAGCAAUCGACAGGUUGGGACAUUCACACGUACACCUGUUGUGCUGGCAACGGAUUAUGUUUAUUCUGUGCUUCAUGAAGAUCGACAUUUUAUUGUUUGCCUGGAUAAGAAGACAUUGUUGAAGAGUAAACAUUUGGAACCUGAUGAUUAUUGCUCUAACUUUUACAAGUCAGUCUCGAUUUUGGGUACGUAUGAUGUUCUAAUAUUGCCUCUGCCUGAUAGAUCCACAUGGAAAAUAUCAGACUAUAUAUUGAGUGAAGUUGUUCUUCAGCCAAAAUACAAACGUCCCCCUGGAAGCCCAAAGAAAAUAGAAAGAGAAAAAUCCGCGGAAGAAUUUUACGGGUCUAAGUCCACAUAUUCAUGCAGUGCUUAUGGGUUAAAGGAACACAAUAGGCGUUCAUGCAGAGAAAAACGUCGAGUUAAAUAG